AUGGCGAUCUGUACUUAUAACGCACGUACGCUUGCAUCGGAAGCGGCCAUCGAAGAUCUGAUGAUGCAAGCCAAGAAGAUCAAGUACGACGUCAUCGGACUGACCGAGACGAGACGACGUCACCCUCUCAACGCCGUAUAUGAAACUGGAGAAGAACUGUUCUUAGGAACAUGCGACAGUAGAGGUGUUGGUGGAGUUGGCGUCCUCGUCAACACGAGUAUGGCAAAGAACAUCGACUCUUUUGAACAACUUACGACCCGAAUCGGACGUCUGCGGAUGAGAAGAUGUGGCCCAAUACCAGCUUUGACUAUCUUCGUCGUUUACGCUCCAACAUCAAGCUACGAAGAAGAAGAAGUCGAAGCUUUCUAUAUGGACCUGGAGAAGUUCUACCAAGAAGAUCAUGCCUUCUACAAGGUCAUAGUUGGCGAUUUCAACGCUAAGGUUGGCCCAAGAAGAACGCCGGAGGAACUUCACAUCGGGACCCACGGCCUACAAUGGAAUGACCAGGGAGAGAGGCUCUCCGAGUUCAUCAUGACGACUAAGACCAUCCAUGGGAACUCGCAAUUUCAGAAGCCCUCUUCUUUACGCUGGACGUGGGAGUCACCCGGUGGAGGGUACCGUAAUGAAAUAGACCAUAUCAUCGUCAAUAAAAGGUUCUGCCUGACGGACGUCGGUGUUGUACCAAAGUUCUAUACGGGAUCGGACCAUCGCCUCCUCCGAGGAAGAUUUUCCUUCACAAGGAGAGCAGAGAAAGCCGCCAAGUUCAGAGAGAGAAAUCCCAGGACUACCAUCAACUGGGAUCUCUUCGCUACGCUAGCCGGCUUUUGGGAAGAUUCUGCAAUGGACAACAUCGACGAGGAAUAUGACCGGCUUGUCGAACACCUUCACGACUGCGCGAAGAAGGCUGAGAGUUUUAAAACCACCAAGAGGCGUCUGUCUCUUGAAACUCUUGAGCUGAUACGCCAGCGUGGAGCAGCACGAGCCGCAGGGAACCAAGAACUCACGUCCGAGCUCGCAAGGCUUUGCCGAGAGGCGAUAAAGGAAGACCUUAAAGAGAGAAGAGCAGAAGUGCUGGCUGAAGCUGCAGAGGCGGGGAAAAGCAUCCGCUAUGCCCGUCGAGACUUCGCCAGUCGCAAGACGAGGAUGACUGCUCUCCGGAACCCAAAGGGAACAGCCAUUGCAUCGAGAAGGGGGAUGGAGAAAAUCAUCUACGACUUCUACUCUGAUCUCUUCGACAGCCAUGUCCACUUGCCUCCUCACCAUCUGAGGGAAGAUGGACAAGUCAUUCCAGAGGUUCUCCCGUCCGAAAUACGACAUGCUAUCAUGUCGGUAAGAAAUCGUACGGCACCCGGUCCCGACAGAAUAAGACCAGAACACCUGAAGAGCCUUCCGCCAGUACUCAUCAACACCCUGGCGAGGCUCUUUACACGUUAUCUGUCGGAAUGCAAGGUUCCUAAACAGUGGAAGACCAGCAAAACCGUGUUGUUGUAUAAAAAGGGAGAUCCACAUGACAUCGGCAACUAUCGCCCAAUCUGCCUACUGUCCGUCAUCUACAAGCUCUUUACAAGAGUAAUCCUUAAUAGGAUUGAAAAAGUCUUGGAUGAAGGACAGCCAUGCGAGCAAGCAGGGUUUCGAAAAGGAUUCAGCACGAUUGACCACAUUCACACUGUUUCGAAACUCAUCGAGGUAUCACGAGAGUACAAGAUGCCGCUCUGUCUCACCUUCAUCGACUUAAAGAAGGCUUUCGACUCGGUUGAGACGGAAGCGGUCGUGGAAGCCUUGGACAACCAAGGCGUCCCUACUCAAUAUAUAAAGGUACUUCGAGAGUUGUACAGUAACUUCACGACCGGAAUUUCGCCAUUCUACAAGAACAUCGUCAUUGACGUGAAGAGGGGGGUCCGACAGGGUGAUACAAUUUCACCCAAAAUAUUCACAGCCACCCUCGAGAACGCUUUGCUGAUGACAUCGUACUGGUAA